AUGCGCAGCAGUAGUAUUGACGCAGAAGGCGAGGAGGAUGAUCUCGACAUGCCCGAAACCCAGUCGCCUAGCCUGAUGAACGACGUCGAAGAUCAGGACGACGAAGACGAAGAAGACGAGGAAGACGAAGACGCCGAUGCGGAUCAGGAUGACGACGAGAGCGAAAUUGUCGGUGCUGUAAAGAGAGCCCCUACAAGGAGCAGGACAUCAAGAGCUAGGAAAAGUCGCAACAUCGAGACGAGCGAGGACGACGAUUCUGCAUCCGACGCCGACAACGACUCCGAUUCGUCUGACGAAUCUGCUGCCACUCAGGCUCCAUGGGAAAAGGAGAGCGACACUGCUCAGGAACAGGACCAAGACGUUGUGACAGACUCGACCUGCGUGUAUUGCGGACAAGACGAAGAAAAUGAUCCGAGCGACGAGUAUGAAGAAUAUCUCGAAUGCGGUCAUUGCGGGGAUCAUGCUCACAAGCAGUGCGCCAGAAACGCUAGUUCGCUUAGCUCCGAUCAAGACAAGGAUCCUCAGACCUGGCUAUGUCACGAUUGUGUCGAAAAUGGCUUUCAUCUUCAGCAGGAUGUCGACAGGAUGACCAUCCACGAUGGCUCUCAGCGUCGAUCAUCUGUGCCCAAGUUAGCCCGUGAUCUCUUGCCUGCUGCUCGCGGCGGCAUCAAACCAAAUUCACACUCACCUCAGUCAAGCACAAACGCAAGGAUCAUUUUCGAAGAAACAAUCGACGAAAUCUCCAAAAGUCUUGUUAUUGCCAUCCCCAUCAGCGCCGCCGCACUCGAAAACAUUGAGCGCAACGCACAAAGGAAGGCUCGAAGGCGCGAACGAGAUAGAGCACGUCGAGCACUAAUGGGUGGUCGCAAGAAGAAGACUGGCGCCCACAGUGAUGUGCACGAAGUAGUCGAGACAGUCUCGUCGCACUACCCUGCGGUCGCCACAACUCUCUACGACAAUCCCUACUACCCAUUUCCUGACCGUGAACUCGACACAGUGCAGGGCAAACCCUUUGGUGGCAUCCUCACUGACGCCGAGGCCGACACAACUAAGACUUUUCCUCAGCAACCCGACCGUGAUCUCUUCGAAGAGUCACGUCGUCGAACCGAAGAAGCAAGGAAAGCCGAACAAGAAGCCAACCCCAUCGAAUUGCCAUCCCGAUCAAAAUCGUCCGGCGGACUACCUACUAAGAUUAAGUACAUCCACUUUGGCGGCUGGGAGAUUGAAACACUGCAUGCCGCGCCCUAUCCCGAAGAGUACAAUCGCAAUCCGGUUCUGUGCAUCUGCGAGUUCUGUCUCAAAUACAUGAGCUCGUCUUAUGUGGCUUUCAGACACAAGCUCAAAUGUCCACACAAACAUCCGCCUGGCGAUGAAAUCUACCGCGACGACAUCAUCGACGCUGACGGCAACAAGAAAAGCAUCUCCUUCUUCGAAGUUGACGGUCGCCGCAGUCCUCUCUACUGCCAAAACCUCUGUCUUCUGGCCAAGCUGUUCCUUGGUUCGAAGACCCUGUACUAUGAUGUUGAACCUUUCCUUUUCUACGUCAUGACAGAGAACGACGAAUACGGUUGCCACUUUGUCGGUUACUUUUCCAAGGAGAAGAGGGACUGGUCGCCACCCCUUGACCCUCGUGCUUCCAUUGAGAUUGGCGCUGAUCCGCUCACAAAUGGAGUGCAAGCCAAGGCAGGUGCCAAUGCUAAUGACCCGCCAGGCAACAAUGUCUCUUGCAUCCUGGUGUUCCCGGUCCACCAACGGCAUGGAUUCGGUCGUACUUUGAUCGAGUUCUCCUACCUACUAACUCGUGUCGAGGGUAGAACAGGCUCUCCCGAAAAGCCACUCUCCGACUUGGGUCUUGUCUCUUAUCGGUCAUACUGGCGUGGUGUCAUGUGCAGGUUACUGCUCGGCUACAAGGAAGCGCCCAGAGGCUCAUAUGACAUCUCCUUCUCGAGCAUAGCUCGUGCCACAGGCAUGACUGUUGACGAUGUGAUCUCAUCACUCGAGGCGCUUCGUGCUAUCGUCAAAGAUCCUUUCACCAACAAGUAUGCCCUUCGUUGCGACUGGGCAUACAUGGCAGAAUAUUUGGACAAGCACGACAAGAAACGUCACAUCAAAAUUGAUCCUGCAAAACUCAUCUGGACGCCUUAUGUGAUGGGUAAGCCUACGAGCUAUUUCCUUGUUGGCGAGGAAGCCACUGGCCCUAUUCAAACCAAGGCUCGUCGCGAUGAGCCUGAAGAUGUGCAGGCUGUACAACCUGAAGAGGGCGUUCAGCAAGCUCAAGUCAACGGCGAUACAGUCCCUGAUCCAGAAGCUGUCAACGGCGACAAUAUUUCUCCCAAAGCUACUCGCAAGGCUCCUCCGUCAACUUUGACACCUCAACCUUCCAUCACUAUGGGAUCGCCUCGACGCUCACCUCGGAAGUCUCAAUCAGAAACUCAACCCGAGCGGAGUCAGCAGACUAACGGUACAACUCAAGAAGACCCAGCCUCGCAGAAUGACACUUCAGACACUUCGUCAGUCAGACGUGGAUCCGCAUACACAGAGGAUAGCAUUCCCGCCUCGCGAUUCGAAAUCUUCCCACCUAUUCCCGGCCAGGUCACAAAACGCAAGCCUGGUCGACCCAUGGGCAGCCGCACCCGCUCGAAACUCACGCCCUCUGCCAACAGACGAGCCGAAAUCGCGCCCUCGCCCUCCGAAGACGAGAUCCAACGACAGAUAUCCUCUGAACACGAGCGUGCAGCGCUGGAAGAAGUCGUCGACAAGAACAAUGGCGCAGCCUUUACGCGACCGAAGUUUAUGGGGAAGCUCAAUGUGCCUGAACACGCUGUCGAAGACGACGACGAGGACGAAGAUGCCGAAGGUGAGGAUGUGGAGAUGGGAGAGGCGGGGGUUGGCACUGGGUAUGACGGCGUGGGAGGCGUGAAUGCUUUGCCACAAGGAAGUAGCUAUGGUACAGGCGAGAAUGGGGAUGAGGAUGAUGAAGAUGCAGACGCUGAAGGGGAUAGUGAUGAUGAGAUGCCGGACGCUUAG